AUUGUCUUCUUUUAACAUUGGUUUUAUUUAUUUGUUUGUUUAUUAUGUUGGAUGUUAUAUGCUAGUUUUUCUUGUAUCAUGUUUUUGUUGCUUCAUUUAAAGGAGUAAAGGACUUAUUGGAAUCUGUUGUUCAGUUUUCCACGAACCAGAAAAUGGGGCAAGUUCUUGGGUGCAUUCAAGUGGAUCAAUCGACUGUAGCUAUAACCGAAACCUUUGGGAAGUUUAAUGAUGUGCUUGAGCCUGGUUGUCACUGUCUGCCUUGGUGUUUUGGGAAGCAAGCAGCCGGUAUUCUCUCCUUGCGUGUCCAGCAAUUGGAUGUUAAAUGUGAAACAAAAACGAAGGAUAACGUGUUUGUUAACAUUGUUGCUUCAAUCCAAUACCGAGCCUUAUCUGAAAAGGCACAAGAUGCUUUCUAUAAGCUCAGCAAUACCAGCGCCCAAAUCCAAUCAUAUGUAUUUGAUGUUAUUAGGGCAAGUGUUCCUAAGCUGGAGCUGGAUGCAGUAUUUGAACAGAAAAAUGAUAUAGCGAGAGCUGUGGAAGAGGAACUUGAAAAGGCAAUGUCACAUUAUGGCUAUGAGAUUGUUCAGACUCUUAUUGUGGAUAUCGAACCAGAUGAGCAUGUGAAGAGGGCAAUGAAUGAGAUAAAUGCAGCUGCUAGAAUGAGGGUGGCUGCGAACGAGAAGGCUGAAGCAGAGAAGAUACUGCAGAUCAAGCGAGCAGAAGGAGAUGCAGAGUCAAAAUAUCUGGCCGGGCUUGGUGUAGCUCGACAGCGACAGGCUAUCGUAGAUGGACUUAGGGACAGUGUCUUGGCCUUCUCCGUGAAUGUUCCUGGGACAACAUCGAAGGAUGUCAUGGACAUGGUUCUUGUGACACAAUACUUCGAUACAAUGAAGGAGAUUGGAGCGUCGUCAAAAUCCAACUCCGUUUUCAUCCCACACGGGCCAGGUGCUGUUAGAGACGUCGCUUCUCAAAUCAGGGAUGGCCUUCUUCAGGCUGGCCAGAGCAACUGAAUACCUUGAGUAUUGCAUAGCAGUUUGGGCUACCCAGCAGAGUGUCUUUUAAUCAUUCUACUUAAUAACGACAUUUGGGCAAGUGGUCGUUGUCCUUGAUGAGUGGUGAUCGAAGUUUGGCCGAACGGUUAUCUGUCUUAAAAGGUUUAGGUUUAAGGUUUGUGUGUCCUAUAUAAAUCCAUUGGAGUUAUUUUCUUUGUACAAGCAGAGUGGUUGUAGCAUUAGCAUAUAUGGUUGUGUAUGAUUCGGGUAUUGCAGUUUUAUGAAUUUGUACCUAACAUUGCUUCAGUUUAUGAAUAUAUGUGUAAAGGUUUUUAUGGUGUUUUA